GGAAUUUAUCAAGAGGGUCCGAGUUCCUCAUUAAACCCAUGUCGCGUGGACUGAAUUGGGAAAGAGAUUCCGCCACGCGACUGUCACGUGUCCGAGUCGUGAUUGACAACCGAAAUCGAUCGAAUGGGGGUGUCCUACCUUGGAAUCGUUCUCUCUUCAGCAUGCACGCCAUCCAGCAACACUACUGGUCUGUCCGCGAGUACCUGAGUCCUGUUCUCAAAGAGAGCAAGUUCAAGGAACACGGGCGAAUCACACCCGAGGAAUUCGUAGCCGCAGGCGACUUCCUCGCCUACAAGUUCCCUGUUUGGAGCUGGGAAGCGGGCGACGCAUCCAAAGCGAAGGACUACCUCCCUGCCGAUAAGCAGUACCUGCUCACCCGCGGCGUGCCGUGCCUGCGCCGCGCAACCUCGCUAGCCUACACGGACGCUGACGAGGACGCAGAGCGCCUGCUCUCGUUCGGCGACUCGACUGGCGCCGACGAAUGGGUCGAGACGCACGCGGGGCGCUCGGCCAACCCGGACUCGUCGAAUCCCGGCCAGAUCGACGAUAUUCCGGACUUGGAUGGGGGCGCCGAUGACGCGGUUGCCCAGGGCGUCGGCGCACUGGCUCUCGGCGACGAUUCGACCCCCGAUUUGGAUGAUAUUCCGGAUAUGGAGGAGGAGGGGCUUGAGGAGGAGGAGGACGCGGCGACUGCUGCGCCCAAAGUCGUCGCCCCCGCCAGCCAACCGGAAGCCGCGGCGACGAACGCCAACCUACUCCAAGUCCGAACGUACGAUGUCAUGAUAACCUACGACAAAUACUAUCAGACUCCGCGCAUCUGGCUGAUUGGCUAUGAUGAGAACGGCACACCGCUGACCCCGCAGCAAAUCUUCCAAGAUGUGUCCGCCGACCACGCGUUCAAGACGGUCACCAUCGAGGCGUUCCCGAACUCGGCGUCGCUGCAGGCGGCCUCCGUGCACCCCUGCAAGCACGCGAGCGUCAUGAAGAAGGUCAUCGAGCGCAUGAACAGCAGCGUCGUCGAGGAGCAGCUCGCGCAGCGCAAGUCGGCCGGCGGCGGGAGCAAGGACUCCAAGAAGAAAUGGUUCGGCCGCAAAGUCAGCGGGAGCGGCAAAGACGAUGCGAAGACGGCAGGGGAGGAGGAGGAGGUCGAAGGGAUGCGGGUCGACUUUUAUCUGGUCGUGUUCCUCAAGUUCAUUGCAUCCAUCGUGCCUACUAUCGAAGUCGACUCGACCACCUCGUUCUGAUAUCUCCCUCUCGCCUGCUCGUGGACCCCCUCGAUACCCAUUAAUCCAUACAAUGUAUCUGUACAUAAACUGACCGAUCGAUUUAGUAGAGAGCCACACAA